AUGACAAAUAUCUUAUCCACGAACAAGAAGUUUGCCCUAGCAGCUGAUUACUGUGCAAAUAAUGUGUCAUCAUUUAGUAAUGAGGAACUUUUGGAGUUAUAUGGGUGCUAUAAGCAAGCAACUGUAGGUGAUGCACCAGAGAAAUCUGGCUCAUUAUUUUCAGUAUUCAGCAUGAAAGAUCAGGCAAAAUCUAAAUCCUGGGCUUCGAGAAAAGGAAUGAGUUCAGAAGACGCAGCUAAUAAGUAUAUAGAACUUAUAAACAAGAAAGAUCCCAAAUGGGAAGAAAAUAUUGGUAAGAAUUCUUGUAUUUCACUUUUCAGUUCAACUUCUCAACCUUUGAUGGAAUCCAACUCGGAUGAAAAGCUAGAAGUGGAAUUGAAAAAUGUAUUGGAUCAGGCUUUGCUUGAUCCAAACUUUUCUGAAAAGAAUUGCUCACUUUCUGUUUUUGAUGCAUUUUGUUCGCAGGUAAAUAAGAAUGAAACGGAGUUUCUGAAGAAAGUUCUUGAAAGAUAUCCAUUUCUCUCUAAUUCCCGAAACUCACAAGGAUUUUAUGCUCUCCACUUAGCAUGUGACAAGGGGUAUGCUGAAAUUGCUUUGCUUCUUCUAGAAUAUGGAGCAAAUUUGAAUGCUAAGGAUGGCUUUGGCGACUCACCUCUCCAUGUUGCUGUGAUUUCUGAGCAGGAGAGCUGUAUAAGAAUUCUUAUUGAGCAUGGAGCUGAUUUAACAUUAACAAAUGAUGACGGUCUGACUCCCAUUCAAGUCUCAGAAAACGCUCAAAUCAAAAAGAUCCUUGAAGGUAAUUAA